AUGGAUGCAACAUUUGGCCAGUAUCCAGCCUUUUCAGUAGAAACAUCCGACGAAGACAACGAUGUGGCACUUUACUUGCAGUCGGUACGAAGAGAAGCGGAAGAAGACAGCUGUGUUCAUUUUGUUGAACGACAUGAAGUAGAAGCCACUAAAGAGAAUUCAGAUAUCGAUAAAGCCAUAGACUCAAAAAUAUCUACUACAGAAUCACAUCCACUCGACCAAUGGUCAGAAGACCUUCUAACGCGAUUCGAGUCGCUCAAACAACAACUACAAACCCUACAGACAGAGAUACAUUCUUCAGUGCCGUCUGAUUUCGAAGUUCCAGACACAGCUAACCAAUGGAGAAAGUUCGUAUUUGAACAUGAACCACCAUCGAUAGUGUAUUUCUACAAAAAUAUAGAACGUGCUACGGUCAUCAAACUUUUGGUGUACUUCACGAAAUGGCUAACUCUUUCAAGUUCGGCUGUGCUUUCCAGGUGGAUCUGGAUAGCUCUCAUAAGAAUUGACAAUCUUCUAGAUCCAAACGAAUGCUCGGUGAUAAGAGACUUGGCAAAGAAGGCAUCGAAGUUGUCCAGCAAAGAUGUUGACAAUGCUACACCUGCUUCCAAAUACACUAUCAAUAUGAUUUUGGUGCUAGUGAGAAACUACUACGGCCAAAGAGACCUUCUAGAUGCAAAGUAUUUGUAA